CACUCGCUGAUGCCGUUGCGAGAUGCUGCUCAGGCUGCCUGCGUAUCCCAUGCCUUUUUGCGUUUCUGGCGAUCCUAUGGCAGGCUCGACUUUGACAUUUACACACUAGGAUUACUGGAUGUAGGCCGCCGCCUGUUGUCGUUUGGUCCCAUUGACAAAGAAUUACCAGUUAUAGAGGAUCAACUGAGGAGGGGCGUCAUUGCAACAUUCGACGAGUACUUCGAAAAGAAUAGUCCUAUCAUAAAAGAAUUCUCUGCCAGAGUUGAUCACAUCAUGCAUAACCACGUCGGAACAGGUGUUCAGACAUUCAGGCUUGUACCUCCCCAUGGCUUCUACAUAAACCCUGCUGUUCUUGACCGCUGGUUCCAAGCUGUCAUCGCACAGGGGAUCAGUGAAUUUUACCUGUACCUAGACAUGGGCGAUGAGGGGCUAGGUUACAACUUCCCGUGCUCCUUGUUAUCUAGCAGCAACAGGGGAUGCUCGACGAUUACAUCUUUCUCCAUUGCUGGUUGCGGUCUCCAUUCCCUGGACAGGGUUGGCUGCUUGAUAAGCUUGUGUGUAGUGCAUCUGCACAGGAUGCGUGUUACUGGGGAGGAACUUAUCUGCUUCCUGUCAACUUCUCCUCGUUUGCAGAAGCUGCAACUUUCCUACUGCAAUGACAUGGUUUGCCUGAAGAUACCUCAUUCCCUGUCGCGGCUCAAAUUGCUGCUGGUACGCAACUGCAACAGUUUGCAAACGAUUGGAUGCGAUGCUCCACAGCUCAAGAGCUUUGGAUAUGAUGGAUUGCCCACAACCCAGAUCUGCCUUGGAGAUUCAUCACCCUUAGUGAGGGAGAUGAGAAUGUCUGGUAUGGAUGAUGAGCCUACAGGCAUGCUCUGUUAUGCCACCACUAAGCUUCCUUCAGUCGCGCCAAAUAUUAGCUCGCUUGUCCUAUCAUCAUGCUUUGAGAUUGCAACUCCAAUGAAAAAGCUUAACAAAUUCCGCCGCCUCAAGUACUUGGAGAUACAGCUUCAUACGCCAAGACGUUGUCCAGACUUUGAUUUUUAUUCGCUGGUUUCUAUUCCUAAUGCUUGUCCUGUCCUGGCUACUUUCAUCUUGCGUUUAGAGAUGCGCGAUGCUGAUGAUGCCAUUCCGGGAGAUCCUCAUGGUGAUUCCUCGCAACGAAAAACGCAUAUGAGGGGGCAGGGCCAUCGCAAGUUGAAGAAUGUGCUAAUGAGGGGAUUUCCUUGUGCAAAAGGUUUGGUUGAGCUAACAAGUCACAUCCUUGAGACCGCAGCAUCCUUAAAGCGCCUGGUACUAGACACUACAUAUGGCUGCCAUACGAGGGAUUGCAUUGGCAUAUGCUCGCCUUUAACGAGAAAGGCCCUCUUGGAAGCACGGAAAGCUGUAGAUGUCAUCAAGACAUACAUCGAGAGUAAAGUCCCCUCAAGUGUUAAAUUCAAGCUUAUCGAGCCAUGUGCCAAGUGUCACGCCGAUGACGCAUAACCUGCUUGUUAAUUAGACCUCCUCCAAUAGUUGCAUAAGAGCUGGUUCAAUUUUAUUUUUUAUAUUUUGAUA